UCGGCUGUCGGUUAUUUUUGAAAGUGAGCGGCGCGCGCAGCUGUUCGGUAAGGAUGAAGUGAAGAUGACGGAUUCGGUGGUCGCAGAGGGACACGUUAAACUCAGAGACGGAAAAAAGUGGAAAAGCCGCUGGGUCGUCCUCCGUAAACCCUCGCCUGUGGCAGACUGCCUGGUGUUGCAUGUGUCUAAGGAACGUGGAGCGAAGGAGAAGAGCAGUGUUGUUUUGGAACACAUUUGCGGUCUGGAGGCAGGAUCGAGUGGAGAAGGAGUGGCCUUUACACUGACCAUUCUGUGUCUAAACCAGACCGUCCAGCUGGGCUUUGACAGUAAAGACGCCCUUCUGCCCUGGGAUCUACGGCUUCACUACCACCUGGGUGAAGUUCACAGUUUUAACGUUACUGUUCUGCCUGGCACUAAACUCGAGAGUGGUCCUGCUACGCUUCAUUUCUGCAACAGCCUGCUGGUCAUCGCCAGGGACGUCCCUCCUGUAAUCAUCGGCCAGUGGAAUCUUCUGGACCUGCGGAGAUACGGCCCAGUGACCAAUGGCUUCGUGUUUGAGGGUGGGACUCGCUGUGGUUACUGGGCUGGUGUGUUCUUCUUGUCCUGUGCUGAAGGGGAACAGAUCAGUUUUCUGUUCGACUGCGUCGUGCGUGGCCUCUCUCCUUCCAGAGGUCCCUUUGGACUCAAACCACUGCUGCCAGAGCCAAGUACUACUGCAGCAUCAGUGGAAGAGAGGCUUAACCAUGAGGCUGAGGAGCUGGAAAAGAGGCUCAGUUUGCUGUCUCACAGCACAGCAUCCAGUUUCAGUUCUUCAGUGGCUGGAGACGAUCGAAGCAUUUCUGGCUCCUCCGACAACUCCGACACCAGCCACUCGGAUUCCAGCAUUGGCAGCCGACUCACCCUGUGGGCGGAGCCUGUUCCAACCACAUCAACUGAGUCGUCCUUUACGACAGCAUCUAGAAUUGCCUCUCAUGGAGAGGAUAAACUGUCAGUCAACGUAGCAGGUGUUCCCAGAGUGCCUUCUAAGCCCUCCUGCUCACGAAGGCUUCAGGAAAUAGGUCGACAGGGCUCUUCUGACAGUGGCAUUGCCACAGGAAGUCACUCGUCCUAUUCUGGAAGUUUUUCAUCCUACACAGGCAGCCUAGACAUAGGGAGCCCUAAAGAGGAGUAUGGCUCUCUGUUCAGCCUACCAUCACUUUCUAACCCUGAGAAACAUCUCUGCACCUGCCCCACCAGCCACAACCAUGAGUACCAGGUUCCUUCCUCUCUCCGCUACCUUUAUGACACACCCCGAAGCCUUCUGGAGCCCCCAGGAAGCUCUGUUACAGUGCAGAGCAAAGAGCAGAGUGGAGCAGCCACUAAGGAACCCGCAGGAUUUACAUCCAGAGAACGGACUGAUGAAACCGUUAAAGAGCAGACUGAAGCCUCAGCUGCUUCAUUUUCCAUUCCUAAUUCUCCCAGAGAGUCCACCCUCUUCCUAACUCACAAUCACAGGCCAGAAGGGACCCAGAAAGUGGUGCAGGGGUGCCAGGGAGCGUCCUGCGCAGAAACACAUUCUGAGUGUCUGAUCUGCUCUCCUCCUCCGGCUGCUUCCAGAUCACUCUUCACAACCUGCCCUGUCUGUGGAGGCUUGAAGAAAGCUCCAUUUCCUCAGUCAGGAUCUACACUACAACCAGGCGUGCCAGGUAAAAAAUCAGCCAGUAUCAACACAGAUGCCAUGGAGAGUCCCACUAAACAGCAUGAAACAGAGUCUUCUGCACCUUCCAGCAUGCAGGACCUGCCACGUGAAAGUUCAGAGACUAAUCAAACACUGCAGGAGAGAAGCCCUGAGAGUUAUAUGGACAGCCUGAAUGACCUUCUGGUGCACUAUAGCCCAGGAAAAUCUGACACGGUGUCAGUCAAACCAAGCCUUCUGUUAUCUCAUCAGCCGGGGCAUUAUUGUCCCCCGGGGAAUGAUAACCAGAGAUCAGUCAGAACCAGCCAAUAUGAGCGAAUGUUAGCAUUAGCUCUGGCAUCACCCACAUCUCCUGCAUCCACCAUCAGUCACACCACUCCUUCCCACCGUGCCUCUCACUCAUCAAUCUAUGAGAACUGCCUGCAAUGUAGGAAAGGACAGGGUGGCUGCAUGCUGCCCAAGGCCACGCCUCCAGAAAAUAGAAGCAGCUUGAUCCAGCCAGAAACUUCAGAACAGCCAGAAACCAGCAUCAGUAAUAAGGAAGCCACAGAAGAAGAUAAGAAGCAGAGAAGUCAUGGGGAGAGAGGGCGGAUGGAUCCCUCUUAUGAGAUCAUGGAAGGCCGAGCAACAGACAGAAGCUCUGAGGUGGAGGAGAAGAGCCGAUAUGAGCUAAUGGGAAGCUGCGGGCAGCAGAGGAGCCCUCAGGAAACUGAAGGAGUAUUUGUGUUCCCACCUGAGGGCUCUGGGGUGAUAGACAGGCCGAAAGGAGACACAGUGACAUAUGUGAAUAUUCCCGUCAGCCCAACAUCUAAAAAGCAGCUGCACUACAUGGAGCUGGAGCUGCAGGAGCAUGGCACCACCAUCAGGGGAAAAGGCUCUACAAAAUACGCUCAGAUUGACAUCACAGCAACAGAGACAGCUCACAGAGUGGGAACCCAGCAUGCCCUGGGGCGUGAGGAAGGACUUCAGAGAUUAGAACAGUGGAGAAGAGGAGGUGCACCACAAUAAUGUCAUCAUUCUUCGCCAUUAUAAUAAUUACCCCAGCACUCUUCACCACAGUGACAGUGAUGACAUCGCUCAGAGACAGCGAGUACAAAAAAAAAAGAGGAGGCUGUUGGAAAAAUCUCUCCUCUCAGAAGUCGGGCUGCUCUGGUCAACAGGAUCUUUCCUCCUUCUCCUGCUUUGGACUACACUACAAGCCUGCGUUUACCGAUCCACUGCAUCCAGAAGCAUGGGCCACAUUUGGCUGUUCAUCUCAGGACCGGCCUGUGAGCUCCUCACAGAGCCAAAGCUGACCACAGUUAGAGGGAAAUUAACAUUAGUGAGAAUGGAGGUAGUGUGUAACUGUAAGUGGCUUCCCCCCACCCUCCCACCCCUGCAGAAGGUCUGCUUUCAUCAGCGGGGAUAGUGUAGUAGUGCGAGUGCGCUAAUGUGUGGUUUAUUGUGUGGGUGGGUGAGUGUGAGUGUGAUAAUAUGAGUGUCAGAACUGUGGACACAGACUGUGUGAACAUGGCUGAUUAUAGCUGAGUCACCCCACACUCUGUGCCCUGCAGCAUCUCCUUAAUGUCGCUCCCACAACUCCACUUCGCUGCCUUAAUCAAAUACACACACACACUCGCACGCACGCACACACACAUACGCCACUCACCCUUAAUCAGAUACAUAAAGAAACGCACACACGGAAACUCUUCUUCCUUAAUCAAAUACUACAUGCUUCACACACCACAUCAAAGCUGCAAACACAUGGCUCAAUUAGGCGGCAUCAGCCCCAAUAACGAUCACCCACUGGGCAAAACUGCGUAGACCUCGGAGCAUAGGUCAGAGCUGUUGCAGCUUACAAACGACAGUGCUUUGUGAUUUUUUUUUUACAAAAGUAUAUAUUUGUAAGUGUAUUUUUUUAAACAUUGGGUGAAGAUUUGGUUUUUAUAUUUGGUUUAUGUAUGUCUGUUACAAUGAACAGUUAAUUAAGUAGAAGAUAAUUUGAUCUCUAUAUGGCAAAAUGUAGGAGUAUCUCCAGAGACUUGAGCUUUUAGAGAAAUACUUUUACAAAGAUCUUAAAUCUUAACUCGAUUGUUAGGGCUAUAGUUUAAUUUAUGAUUAUUAGGGGAGCUUUGUACAGUUAAUGACUCCUUAAACAGUGUACCAACAAUCAUGCAGCAAUGGACUUCAAAGCAACCACGGUACUCUGAACAUAAAAUAACUGAUGCCCACAGAAGAAGUCUGUAAAAGGAAAUAAACUGUUUUGUGUAGGAAUGCUCAAAAUAUUUGGCAACCUAAAAUAUUUGGUUUCUGUGUUCAACCGGAUCUGUACAGAAUGCUGCCAGGCCCUUUUCUAUUUUCUUUCUUUCUUUUUUUUUAUCCCAUUUUCUCCCAAAUUUACACAUCGACAUCACCCUUUGGAGUGAUGUGGGGAGAGAGCACUAUCCACCCACCCAGAGAGAGAGCAAGGCCAAUUGUUCUCUCUCAGGACUCCGGUAGCUGAUGGCAAGCUACAUGAACAGGAUUCGAACCAGCCAUCUCCUGAUCAUAUAUAUAUAUAUAUAUAUAUAUAUAUAUAUACUUUUUUAUGUGGAUAAAAAACAUAUUGACACUGUAUUUCUAGGUGAUCAUAACCAGAUUUAAAAUAUUAGGUAUUUAUAUACCUUAGAGGUGGCAUUUAAAUUUUUUGGAGGCAUUAUAAAGAUGUGUGUGUUCUACUGCUUUGAUUGGAGUUUUUUUUUCUAUAGUUUGUGUAUUUGUGUAUAAGUAAACAAAUAAUUGUGUAUUUAUUCUAAGCCGUUGAGUAGAUGUAUUUUUACUCCAGUAAAGAUGUGGUGUUUUUAUGUUAUUGCUUGUGUCCUUUAGGCCAGUACAGCUUUUGCUCUAUCAUCCAGAGUGGAAUUCAUAGCCAGUGUCAAAUUGCACAGGGAGCUCCAAGAUGCUUUGAUACAUAAGGGGCCCAGUUCGUGCUUGGAAUAUGCCAUGCCAUACCUGGAAGGACUCAGAUCCUCUGCCUGAUACGGUGGAUUUAUGCCAGGGUUUGAACAUGCACAUGAAAGGUACUGUAACUCGGCCCAGUUUUGAUUUAUGCACUACGAGCCACCUCAAACCAGUCAGAAUUGUUAUGUCAAUGUCAAUGCCGUGUUUUUAUGGCAAUGCAAGCAGGAGAAUGUCUUAGUUUCUUUAAUUUUUUCUCUUUUUUAGUGUAUUUUUAUGUAUUUCAUAUCAAUCCUGUUAAAUCAUUGUGAAAGUC